AUGCCGGAGACGCGAUCCUCCGAACGUCUCGGUGACAUUGAACAGAGACUAGAUUUGCAGCAAGGAACCAUCGACUCCAUUACCGUCCGCUUGGACAAGCAAUCUCAGGACCUUUCUGAUUUGCGGAAUGAUCUUAAAACCUCUUCGGCCAGAUUUGAGCAUUAUUUUAAGGAAAUCAACUCUAAACUCUCAUCUCUCUCGGAACAUGGGAAACGACCAUCAGUUGGGGAGGGGGCCUCCCACUCUGCUACACCGCCCCGAAUGCCCACAUUUGGCUCGUUGAAUGAGUUGUUUCAGCAGCCGCCCUCUUCGUAUGUCAUUCCAACCAAGCACAGUCGAGUUGAGUUUCCCCGAUUUGACGGUGACGACUUCAAGGGAUGGGCCUACCGCUGCCGUCAGUUUUUCGAAGUCGACGGAACACCUGCUGAGCAGCGUAUACGCCUCCUCUCUAUUCAUCUGGAAGGGCACGCUCUUUGUUGGCACCAGACUUUCAUGCGUCACAGAGCCUUUUCCGAUGUUAGUUGGGACGAAUAUUUCAAGCAGAUGGAAGCUAAGUUCUCUGAUGUUAAGGGCGAAAAUCCUCUGAUCACCCUUAAACUGCUUCAGCAAGGUACAGGCCUCGUAAUGGACUAUGAGAAGAAGUUUGACGAGCUUUUGUGUGAAGUGGACAUACCAGAAGAGGUGGCCAUUAAUCUUUUUAUUGGAGGCCUACGACCAGACAUCCAGAAGCUUGUUCUGAACUUUGCGCCGACGACCUUGGCGAGCGCUACUAAUUCCGCUAGAAUGCAGGAGGUAGCAAUUCAAGCUCUUCACGACAAUGCCCCGAAUCGGCGUUCACUGUUUUCUGGUAGGGCUGACUCAAGCAAAUUCUCUGGGCUAGUGGGCUCUAAGCUUGGGCCGGCCAGUGAUGGGUCGAUUUCUGAAAGGUCCACAGUUCACAGUCCGGUGGCCUUUAAGUCUUCGCCUCCAUCAGCGCCUCCCUCGUCAUCCAUAGCUUCCUCUGUAUCAAAGCCGACUAAGCACCUGACCAAGAAAGAAAUGGAUGAACGAAGACGGAAAGGCUUAUGCUACUGGUGCGCAGAGAAAUAUACCCCGAGCCAUAAGUGUAAGGAAGCGCAUCUGUUCUCUCUUCUAGUCGAUGAAGAUGACGACCAUUUUGAAGAUGCUCUGGAGAUGGUACCGUCGGAGUCUACUGGAACUAUUAAUGCUAUUGAGGGUAAGGAAAACACCGUCACCUUGAAACUUCUCGGGCGCAUAAAAAAUCAAUCGGUGGUCAUUCUGGUUGACACUGGCAGUACUCAUAAUGUCAUCGAUGCUACCAUGGCUAAACGUCUAAACUUGAAGGUUCAUGAACGCCCCACGGUCACCUUGACAGUAGCAGAUACUCGUAAGGUCAGCGUCACCAAAUAUUGCCCCUCGCUGCUAUGGGAAAUGGGAGGGUUUGAAUUUCGCGAUGACUUUUUAGUCAUGAAGAUUGGAGGCUAUGAUGCUAUUCUGGGCACUCAGUGGCUGCGAACGUUGGGUAAAUUCUCCAUGGAUAUGGAGUUGAAACUGUUUGAAUUUCACCGUGAUGGCCGACUCGUUGAGUUACAUGGGGUGGGCUAUUAUGGUAGUCUGGUAACUGAAGAACUCUGGUCCCCUAAAGAUGUCAUGGUCGCUCAACAUGUCUUCCUGAUUCAUGUUCCCUCGCACCUAUCAUUAGAUUUAAAGCCGAAUGCUGAACUUUCUGAAACACAACAAGCUGAGCUGCAACUAUUGUUGGAACGGUAUAGCAGAGUAUUUGAUGAGCCAUGUGAGUUGCCUCCCUCUCGGCGAUUCGAUCACUCCAUCCCUCUCAUUGACAACAAACCAAUCAAUUGCAGGCCUUAUCGGUAUGGGCCAAUGCAGAAAGCUGAAAUUGAGUCUCAGGUGCAACAAAUGUUAUCUCACGGAGUAAUCAGAGAGAGUAGUAGUUCUUUUGCGGCUCCUGUCGUGCUGGUGCAAAAAAAAGAUGGGUCCUGGCGAUUUUGUGUGGAUUAG